AUGGACGCUUACCUGACUGCGACAAAGCCAUCAUCCGCGUCGAGCUUGCGCGCAAAGUCCGCAAAGCCCGCUGCCAGCUCUCCGCGACCCUCGUCCUCCUCAUCCAACCGACCGACUUUCCCGUCCACCUCAGCAGCCAGGGCGCACACCGUGGAGUCGUACCCCUCGCGAAGAGACCGCUCGACCUCGGUCAACCCAGCGAAAGGCAAAAAGCGCCUCUACGGCUCGCUCACCGACGCGCCAAAACCCUCGUCCUCCUCGACCACCCUCAACCUCGUCCAGGGCGGCUUGCGCGAGGCCAACAAGGCCAUCAUCAACACGUUAGGCAAGGAAGAUAACCCUAUCACGAACAGUACGGCGUAUUCGAGGUCGUUGCAUGUCUCGAGCUGCGCAACAGGCCAUCAAAGCGGCGGCGGACCAGGUCGAAAAUGGUCCCUCCACCGAAACGCCAAGCUCCGCCUCCAAGCCGCCUCAGCAGAGUCGCAGACGCUCAAGGGUGUCGUGGCUUAUAUCAGCGGGUACACGGGAAAGGACAUCACGAAUACGCAGCUGAAGGAGCUCGUUGAGCGUCAAGGCGGGCAGUUCGUCACGAUGGCCUCUGCGCGCUGCACCCACAUCUUCAUCACGCAGAACCUGUCCGGAAAAAAGGCGCAACACUACCUCGAAGCACGGAGGAAGAACGGGACCAAGUUAGUCACGCCCGAGUGGGCGAUCGAGUGUGCGAAGAGGGGGAGGAGGGUCGGGGAGGCCAAGUUUGCGGCGCCGGUUUAUAACGAGCAACAAGAGUCGACGUACACUAUCUUUGCAAGCGAUUCGGGAGCGUCCUCGUCCGCCGCGCCGCCAUCUCCCCAACCCACGAGCUCCGUCCCUCCCAAAGCCACCAACGCCCUCCUCUCCGCCCUACCCAUCGCAACCACCUCCACCUCCGCCUCUCCCCUCUCUCCCCGCUCCAAGCUCCCGCUUCCCCCCUCCCGUCCUACCACCUCCCCAAAAACAGCCACCUCCCUCCUCCUCUCCCAACUCUCGCACUCCAAGCUCCUUCGAUCUCCGCGUUCGCCGUCCCUCUCGCCCGGUAAGAAGCGGAGGAGGGGACAUGUGGCGGGGUGGGAGACUUGGAAGAUGAGUCCGGAAACGGAGAGGAGGGUGAGGGGGAGUGUGGGUAAGGGCGUGAAGAGUGGUACUGGCGACGGAGGGAAGGGGAAGGGGAAGGGGAAGAAGGAGAGGGAGGAGGAGGUGCUUGUGUUGGGAAGUUCGGAUGUUGAGGGUGAGGAAGUGGCUCCUCCUUCGUCAUCGUCGCGCGAGCUGAGGCCGAGGAAGGACCUGACGUACGAAGAGGAGGAGGAGGAAGGAGACGACGGAGAGGAGCUGGACGAGUGGGGUAUGCCGCCGAGUGCGCAGAUGCGGUGA